UGCACGUGUGUGUAAGAUCCUAUGUUUUGGACAGCUUCAGACCACAUUUCUAUCGAUAUUUUUGCAAAAUUAACUGCCUGAAAAUGCCUCGAAAACGUAAGGUAGAAGAAGAUACGAGCAAGAAAGAUACAAAAAAACAGAAAGUUAUUGAAUUCAGAAAGGAAGAAAAUCGAGAAAUAAAUUCUGAGGAGGAACCUUCAACCUCGAAGAAUCCAUAUAAAUUACCCAAAGUCGAUAAAUCUUGGAAUAUGAAAAUUUCAUCUUGGAAUGUCAAUGGUUUGAAGGCAUGGAUACAGAAAAGUGACUCUUUGAAAUAUGUUAGAAAGGAAGACCCAGAUAUUUUUUGCAUUCAAGAAACGAAAUGUGAUGAAUCAAGUUUGCCUAAGGAGGCAAGUUUUCCAGGUUAUUUUUGUUACUGGGCUAACAGUGAAACAAAGGGUUACAGCGGUGUUGGACUUUUUUCAAAGAAGAAACCAAGCAAAAUUACUUAUGGAAUAGGCGUAUCGGAGCAUGACAAGGAAGGGCGUGUUAUCACAGCAGAGUAUGAACAGUUCUUUUUGGUUACAUCAUACAUUCCCAAUUCAGGUCAGGGAUUAAAAAGACUAGACUACCGUCAAACAUGGGACAAGGCUUUUCGUGACUAUCUAAAGAAGCUGGACAACACGAAACCAGUCAUACUUUGUGGAGAUCUCAAUGUUGCUCACAAGGAAAUAGAUUUGACCAAUCCAAAAACUAAUAAAAAAACAGCAGGUUUUACGAAAGAAGAACGCGAGAACUUCACAGUGCUUCUUGAACAAGGUUACGUUGACACCUAUCGCCAUUUUUAUCCUGACAGAAAGAACCAGUACAGUUUCUGGUCAUACAGAGGAAAUGCUAGAGAAAAGAAUGUAGGAUGGCGCUUGGAUUAUUUUGUCGUUUCUGAAAGGUUCUUGCCUAAAGUUGUGCAUAGUUUUAUACGAGAUGACAUUAUGGGCAGCGACCACGCUCCGGUUGUUAUACUGUUGUCCAUUUAAAAGAACAAGACAUUGUUUCAACUAAAACCUCAGGACGUUUAGGGAACGUGGAAAACUGUUCAAAUUAAUGGUAAGCUUGUUUUAACGAGACACUAAAUUGAUAUUUUAUGUUAUACAUAAGAAAGAGACUUAUAUGUUAAUAGGGUUUAUCAUUGCUAUGGUAUGGCUUAGUGGCUUAUAAUAAUAGAAUGUAGAUUUUGUAUCUU